GUUACCCUGAGUGUUACCGUCAGGAGCAAUGACAUCAGGGUUUUAAAACAACUUGUUAUUCGGGGAGUAAUCAGUUGCAAUUAGGCAUUAAUUAAGUAUUAUGAAAGUUGAUUAUUUAAGUGAAUUCGGCUUUCGACUCUCCGACUAUGAGUUUGGGACCAAAGAGAGGAGAAUGGAUCUCGGCACAGCUGAAGGCACUCGGUGCUCUGACCCGCCUGCAGGCAAGCCCGCAAUGGCGGCCAAGCGCAAAGGCGGCCUGAAGCUGAAUGCCAUCUGUGCCAAGCUGAGCCGCCAGGUGGUGGUGGAGAAGGGAGCAGAGGCUGGCUCCCACAUCGAGGGCAGCCCGCUGCGGCUUCGGGACAAAGAGCGAAGUGGCCCUGAGUCUGGGGUGGCCCAGGCCCCCCGCAGCGAAGAAGACAAGAGGCGGGCGGUGAUUGAGAAGUGGGUCAACGGGGAGUACAGUGAGGAGCCAGCACCUGCUCCUGUGCUGGGGCGGAUUGCCCGUGAGGGCCUAGAGCUGCCACCCGAGGGCGUCUACAUGGUGCAGCCCCAGGGCUGCAGCGAUGAGGAGGACCAUGGGGAAGAGCCCACCAAGGACGGCAGUGUCCUGGAGGAGAAGGACUCGGACCGGGUAGCUGCAAAGGACGACAGUGGCCCCAAUGCCAAGCAUGCUUCAGGAGAGGCCUCCUCGCUGCGAGACUACGCGGCCUCCACCAUGACCGAGUUCCUGGGCAUGUUUGGUUAUGAUGACCAGAACACAAGGGAUGAGCUGGCCAGGAAGAUCAGCUUCGAGAAGCUGCAUGCGGGCUCCACCCCCGAGGGGGCUGCCUCCUCCCUGCUGCCCCCCUCCGAGGAUGCCCUCAGCAAGCGGGCACGCUUCUCCAAGUAUGAGGAGUAUAUCCGAAAGCUCAAGGCGGGCGAGCAGCUCUCCUGGCCAGCCCACGGCACCAAGGCCGAGGAGCGGACUGGCAAGGAGGUGGUGGGCCCCCUGCCCAGCCUACGGCUGCCCAGCAGCACAGCCCACCUGGAGACCAAGGCCACCAUCCUGCCCUUGCCGUCGCACAGCAGCGUCCAGAUGCAGGGUCUUGUGGCCCGCGCCUCCAAGUACGACUUCUUCAUCCAAAAACUGAAGACAGGCGAGAGCCUGAGGCCCCAGAAUGGGAGCACCUACAAGAAGCCGUCCAAGUACGACCUGGAGAACGUCAAGUACCUGCACCUCUUUAAGCCCGGAGAAGGAAGUCCUGACAUGGGUGGGGCCAUCGCCUUCAAGACAGGCAAGGUGGGGCGCCCCUCCAAGUACGAUGUCAGGGGCGUCCAGAAGCUGGGCCCAGCCAAGGUCCCACCUGCCCCCAGUCUGGCUCCCACACCUCUCACCAGUACGCCUAGCGUACCCAGUGCCCCAGGGCCUGCGCCUGAACCACCCGCCUCCCUACCCUUCAACACUCCUGAAUACCUGAAGUCAACCUUCUCCAAAACAGACUCCAUCACCACGGGGACCGUCUCCACUGUCAAGAACGGAUUGCCCACAGAUAAACCAGCUGUCACCGAAGAUGUAAACAUUUACCAGAAAUAUAUUGCCAGGUUCUCGGGCAGUCAGCACUGCGGCCACAUACACUGUGCCUACCAGUACCGCGAGCACUACCACUGCCUCGACCCUGAGUGCAACUACCAGCGCUUCACCAGUAAGCAGGACGUGAUCCGGCACUACAACAUGCACAAGAAGCGUGACAACUCCCUGCAGCAUGGCUUCAUGCGCUUCAGCCCCCUGGACGACUGCAGCGUCUACUACCAUGGCUGCCACCUCAACGGGAAGAGCACACACUACCACUGCAUGCAGGUGGGCUGUAACAAGGUGUACACGAGCACAUCAGAUGUGAUGACCCACGAGAACUUCCACAAGAAGAACACCCAGCUCAUCAACGAUGGCUUCCAGCGCUUCCGGGCCACCGAGGACUGCGGCACAGCCGACUGCCAGUUCUAUGGGCAGAAGACCACACAUUUCCACUGCAGGCGCCCCGGCUGCACGUUCACCUUCAAGAACAAGUGUGACAUCGAGAAGCACAAGAGCUACCACAUCAAGGACGACGCCUACGCCAAGGACGGCUUCAAGAAGUUCUACAAGUAUGAGGAGUGCAAGUACGAGGGCUGCGUGUACAGCAAGGCCACCAACCACUUCCACUGCAUCCGCGCCGGCUGCGGCUUCACCUUCACCUCUACCAGCCAGAUGACCUCACACAAGCGCAAGCAUGAGCGCCGGCACAUCCGUGCCUCAGGCGUGCUGGGGUUGCCGCCCUCACUGCUGGGCACCAAGGACACGGAGCAGGAGGAGUCCAGCAAUGACGACCUCAUCGACUUCUCUGCCUUGAGCAGCAAGAACUCCAGCCUGAGCGCCUCACCCACCAGCCAGCAGUCCUCUGCCUCCCUGGCCGCUGCUGCCGCUGCCACCGCCACCACUGAGACAGUGCCCAGUGGUGCCACCAAGCCUCCCAAUAGCAAGAUGUCUGGGCUGCUGUCCCAGGGCCUGCCCGGCUCCAUCCCCCUGGCCCUGGCCCUCUCCAACUCGGGCCUCCCCACUACCGCACCUUUCUUCCCUAUCCUUACUGGCCGUGGGAGCACCUCCCUGCCUGUGGGUACAGCCGGCCUCAUGGGUGCCAUGUCGUCUGGGGUUGCAGCCUCGGCCACCCCUGACACGCCUGCUCUGGCUGGCUCAGGAGCUGGCGAUACAGCCCCAGUGACCGCCGCCUCUGCCCCAGCACCCCCAGCCUCCAUCAUGGAGAGGAUCUCUGCAAGCAAGGGCCUCAUCUCGCCCAUGAUGGCCAGACUGGCCGCGGCUGCCCUCAAGCCCUCUGCCACCUUUGACCCAGGAAACGGGCAGCAGGCCACCCCCACCAGGUUCCCCCCGGCCCAGGUGAAGCAGGAGCCCGGUGAGAGUGCUGGCGCCCCAGGACCCCAUGAGGCCCCCCAAGACCGAAAUGUAGACCUGACUGUAAAGGAGCCCAGUAAUGAAUCAAAUGGCCACGCAGUCCAGGCAAAUUCAUCUCUUUUAUCCUCGCUUAUGAAUAAGAUGUCUCAGGGCAACCCUAGUCUUGGCAGCCUGUUGAACACCAAGACAGAGGCCGAGGGGGGCCCGGCCUUGGAAGCCUCACCCUUCCUGGGCAGGGCCGUGAAGGCCCUGGUCCACGAGCAGCUGGCAGAACCCUGGAAGGUGUACCUGCGCAGGUUUGGCACCAAAGACUUCUGUGACGCCCAGUGCGACUUCCUUCACAAGUCCCACUUCCACUGCGUGGUGGAGGAGUGUGGAGCCCUGUUCAGCACUCUGGAUGGGGCCAUCAAGCAUGCCAACUUCCAUUUCCGGACAGAGGGAGGAGCAGUGAAAGGAAACUCAGAGACUGCCUUCCCAGGCUCAGCCGCUGAGACCAAACCCUGCCUGGCCCCCUCGUCCCCACCGGCACCUCCUGUGACCACCGCCACAGCUUCCUCCCUGGAAGGGCCAGCCCCCAACCCAGCCUCUGUGCCCUCCACCCCCACCCUCCUCGCCUGGAAGCAGCUGGCUUCCGCCAUCCCCCAGAUGCCUCAGAUCCCAGCAUCAGUGCCUCACCUGCCCGCUUCACCCUUGGCAACGACUUCUCUAGAAAACGCCAAGCCCCAGGUCAAACCCGGAUUCCUCCAGUUCCAGGAGAAUGAUCCCUGCCUCACGACGGACUGCAAGUAUGCCAACAAGUUCCACUUCCACUGUCUGUUUGGAAACUGCAAGUACGUCUGCAAGACCUCCGGCAAGGCCGAGUCCCACUGCCUGGACCACAUCAACCCCAACAAUAACCUGGUGAACGUGCGAGACCAGUUUGCUUACUACUCCCUGCAGUGUCUCUGCCCCAACCAGCACUGUGAAUUCCGGAUGCGCGGGCACUACCACUGUCUCCGCACUGGCUGCUACUUUGUGACCAACAUCACCACCAAGCUGCCAUGGCAUAUAAAGAAGCAUGAGAAAGCCGAGCGGCGGGCGGCCAAUGGGUUCAAGUACUUCACCAAGCGUGAGGAGUGUGGCAGGCUAGGUUGCAAGUAUAACCAGGUGAACAGCCACUUCCACUGCAUCCGUGAGGGCUGCCAGUUCUCCUUCCUCCUCAAGCACCAGAUGACCUCGCACGCCCGGAAGCACAUGCGGAGGAUGCUGGGAAAGAACUUUGACCGUGUGCCACCCUCACAGGGUACCCCUAGCCUGAUGGACCCAGAGACAGACGAGUACAUGGAUUACACAGGCUGCAGCCCGGGAGCCGUGUCCUCCGAGUCAUCCACCAUGGACCGGAGCUGCUCCAGUACCCCCGUGGGCAACGAGAGCACUGCGGCAGGGAACACCAUCUCCAUGCCCACAGCCUCAGGGGCCAAAAAGCGCUUCUGGAUCAUUGAGGACAUGUCGCCUUUCGGCAAGCGGCGCAAAACGGCCUCCUCCCGCAAGAUGCUGGACGAGGGCAUGAUGCUGGAGGGCUUCCGGCGCUUCGACCUCUACGAGGACUGCAAGGACGCAGCCUGCCAGUUCUCGCUCAAGGUCACCCACUACCACUGCACGCGCGAGAACUGCGGCUACAGGUUUUGUGGCCGCACGCACAUGUACAAGCACGCGCAGCACCACGACCGCGUGGACAACCUGGUGCUGGACGACUUCAAGCGCUUCAAGGCCUCGCUGCGCUGCCACUUCGCCGACUGCCCCUUCUCGGGCACCAGCACGCACUUCCACUGCCUGCGCUGCCGCUUCCGCUGCACCGACAGCACCAAGGUCACCGCGCACCGCAAGCACCACGGCAAGCAGGACGUGAUCAGCGCGGCAGGCUUCUGUCAGUUCAGCUCCAGCGCGGACUGCGCCGUGCCCGACUGCAAGUACAAGCUCAAGUGCUCCCACUUCCACUGCACCUACCCGGGCUGCCGCCACACGGUCGUCGGCAUGUCGCAGAUGGACUCGCACAAGCGCAAACACGAGAAGCAGGAGCGCGGCGAGCCCGGCGCCGAGGGCCCCGCGCCCGCCGCCCUCAGCCUGGACGGCUCGCUCACGCUGGGCGCCGAGCCCGGCGGCUCCCUGCUCUUCCUACAGACGGCCGCCGCCAGCCUGGGCUUGGGCCUGAGUGACGCGGGCGACCCCGGCCACCCCGGGCCGCCCGCCGCGCCGCCAGGCCCCCGCGAGGGCCCUUCUGCGCCCGCCUCUGCCGCCGCCGCCGCCGGGGAGUCCUCGCAGGAAGACGAGGAGGAGGAGAUGGAGCUGAACGAGGAGGAAGACGACGACGACGAGGAGGACGAGGAUGACGACGACGAGGACGAGGAGGAAGAUGACGAGGACGACGAGGACGAUGACGAGGACCUGCGCACCGACUCGGAGGAGUCGCUGCCCGAGGCGGCGGCGGCCGAGGCGGCGGGGUCGCGGACCCCCGAUCUGGCGGCGCUGGGCCCCGCGGCCCCCGGGCCCGCGCCCGCCGCCGCCGCCGCCUCGCCGUAG